AAACGUUUGGCGCCUCUUGAAUCUGCUGCAGCCGGAGUGGGCGGCGAGUGCAAGACGGUGAACAGUUUGAACCUGCUCCGCGUCGAGGCGGAAAUAUUGAAAAUAAACCCUUUAAUUUCAGAAAAGACGGAGUUAAAUGACAGCAGUGUCCGUCAAAACAAGCAGCAGUGUUAUCGCAAAAGGUCCACAUUGAGGCGUGGGAACGGAAGCUUUUGCUGUUUAACGGACGGUCGGUGUUGUAAAGCCGGCUGUCGCGCUUAGAGUCGCUGCCUCCUGCUGAGCUAACUGCUAACUAGCUGCGGAGCUAACGCUUCGGCUAAGCUCCCACACAAAGAACCGCUCUCCCAGUGUUCGUCGUGUUUACCCGGAAUCACUGCGCUGAAUGAGGCCAGAGCCUGUCGUCCAGGGCGAUCAUGGUGCUAACAGGGAAGCGUUCGGACAAAGGUCCAGCCUGCUGGAAGAGGAGGGUGAAGUCUGAGUACAUGAGGCUCCGGCAGCAGAAACGCUUCAGACGGGCCGACGAGGUCAAGAGCAUGUUCAACUCCAACCGCCAGAAGAUCGUGGAGCGGACGGACACUCUGAACCAGGAGUGGAAGACCAGGCGGAUCCAGCCGGUCCACAUCAUGACGUCGGUCAGCUCGCUGCGCGCCUCCAGAGAGUGCACCGUGGAGAGCGGGUUCUCUGAGUUCCCGCGGCAGGUCAUCCCCCUGAAGACGCUGAACGCCGUGGCCUCGGUUCCGGUCAUGUACUCCUGGUCGCCGCUGCAGCAGAACUUCAUGGUGGAGGACGAGACGGUGCUGCACAACAUCCCCUACAUGGGAGACGAGAUCCUGGACCAGGACGGAACCUUCAUAGAGGAACUCAUCAAGAACUACGACGGCAAAGUCCAUGGAGACCGAGAAUGUGGCUUCAUCAACGACGAGAUCUUCGUGGAGUUGGUCAACUCCAUGGUUCAGUACAGCGACAACGAGGAUGACGAGGAGGAGGAAGAGCAGGACUUCAAGGUGGAGAAGAUGGAGACGUGUGACGGCAAAGAUCAGCCGGAGGACGGCAGCAACGACAGACAUGUUGGCAACGAAGAUCGGAGCAACAGCGACGCCAACAAGAAGUUCCCGUCUGAUAAGAUCUUUGAAGCGAUCUCCUCCAUGUUCCCUGACAAAGGAUCCACCGAGGAGCUGAAGGAAAAGUACAAGGAGCUGACGGAGCAGCAGCUUCCCGGCGCUCUCCCUCCUGAAUGCACGCCGAACAUCGACGGCCCAAACGCUCGCUCCGUCCAGCGGGAGCAGAGUCUGCACUCCUUCCACACGCUGUUCUGCCGCCGCUGCUUCAAAUACGACUGCUUCCUCCACCCUUUCCACGCCACGCCAAACACCUACAAGCGUAAGAACCUGGAGAACCUGGUGAACACGAAGCCGUGUGGCGCCGAAUGCUACAUGUACCUGGUGCAGGACGGCAUGGCGAGGGAAUAUCCGGCCGGCGCCGAGCGAGCCAAGACGCCGUCUAAACGCAGUUUGGGUCGGCGCCGCGGGCGACUGCCCAACAGCAGCAGCCGGCCCGGAACGCCCACCGUUUCCUCGGAAACCAAAGACACGGACAGCGACCGCGAGGGGAGCAAGGACGACGAGCGAGACAACGACAAGGACGACGAGGACAAGAAGGACGAGACGACCAGCAGCUCAGAGGGAAACUCUCGCUGCCAGACGCCGGUGAAGAUGAAGCUGACCUGCGACCCGGAAGCCGUGGACUGGACCGGCGCCGAGGCGUCCCUCUUCCGGGUUCUGAUCGGGACGUACUACGAUAACUUCUGCGCCAUCGCCCGCCUCAUCGGCACCAAGACCUGCAGACAGGUUUACGAGUUCCGGGUCAAAGAGUCGGCCAUCAUCGCCCGGGCGCCGGCCGAGGACGAGGACACGCCCCCCCGGAAGAAGAAGAGGAAGCACCGGCUGUGGGCCACGCACUGCAGGAAGAUCCAGCUGAAGAAAGACGGGUCGUCCAAUCACGUGUACAACUACCAGCCGUGUGACCAUCCGCGGCAGCCCUGCGACUCGUCCUGCCCCUGCGUCACCGCGCAGAACUUCUGCGAGAAGUUCUGCCAGUGCAGCUCCGAGUGUCAGAACCGCUUCCCGGGUUGCCGGUGCAAAGCCCAGUGCAACACCAAGCAGUGCCCCUGCUACCUGGCGGUGCGGGAGUGCGACCCGGACCUGUGCCUGACCUGCGGCGCCGCCGACCACUGGGACAGCAAGAACGUGUCCUGCAAGAACUGCUCCAUCCAGCGCGGCGCCAAGAAGCACCUGCUGCUGGCGCCGUCCGACGUGGCCGGGUGGGGAAUCUUCAUCAAGGAGCCGGUCCAGAAGAACGAGUUCAUCUCCGAGUACUGUGGAGAGAUCAUCUCUCAGGACGAAGCCGACCGCCGAGGGAAGGUUUACGAUAAAUACAUGUGCAGCUUCCUCUUCAACCUCAACAACGACUUUGUUGUCGACGCCACGAGGAAAGGCAACAAGAUCCGCUUCGCCAAUCACUCCGUAAACCCAAACUGCUAUGCAAAAGUGAUGAUGGUCAACGGGGAUCACAGGAUCGGGAUCUUCGCCAAGAGAGCCAUCCAGACCGGAGAGGAGCUGUUCUUUGACUACAGGUACAGCCAGGCCGACGCCCUGAAGUACGUCGGCAUCGAGCGCGAGAUGGAGAUUGCCUGAACCGGACCUGCGGUUCUGACCCGAACGCCUUAGACCCAAACGAAACAAACUUCUCUUCAGGAAACUUUUUCUCUGUUUAUUUUAUUUCCCGUCAACAAGCGCUCCUCGCCGGUCCGGCUGUUCGGACCCAACCGGAACCAGAAGUCGACACUCGGGACCAAAACUCCUCCACCAGCAGCUCCAGGGUUCUGUUCACGACCCGGACGGACCCGACACUGCCAAACCAAACGGCUCUGAUCCAGUUAGACUAUCGGAUCAGAACCGCAGACUGAACACUGGGAAUGUGCUCAGAUCGUUUCACACCAGCAAACCUGGUUCUGGUUCUGGUGCUACCCGGUCUAAACCUCCAGAACCAGAACCUCCUCCACUCUGCCCUACCUGGACCUUCUUAUGGUGCUUCAGUCCGGGUUCUACAGAACCGCAGACUUCUUCCUGUCGGGUCAACCGGACCUGGUGCUGAUCCAGAACCACUGACCGGACCUCCUGGUGGUUCUGUGCAUGUUUGUGUUUGAUCAUGAUUCUGUUUGGAGAAGCUGGGAUCGGUUUGUUGGUGACGGAUCAGAACCGGCCCGGUUCUGUCACCUGGUGCUCAAUUUUAGUUUUUUUAAUCUGGGUUCUGAUCCUUCAGGGGAUGAGGAACCGGACCUUUAAGUUCUGUUUGGUUCUGAUCCGGUACGGACCAGAACCAAAUAUCAGAACCUUUGUUGUUAUGAUUUCUGUUUUUGUGCAAAUGAAACGGUCAAAAUUUGUCAUGGCAAUGGAUUCUUUAAGCCAGCUGACUGACGGUGUGCAGCAACGUGUGGGAGGGGCUGUUACCAUAGCAACAGCAAUGCCAGGGUUUCCUUUUCAACAUCUUUUUUUUUUUUUGCCGAUCAUGGACGGUUUGAUUCUGUUUCGGAUCAGGAGGUUCUGGACGUCCAACCAGAACCGCAGCAUGCUAUGCUACCGGACCAGAACAUUCCUCUAGAACUGUCCGAAGCUCCUCCUGUAGAAUCACGUCGCUGGUGCUGAGCCGGGUCGGGUCCCGAACAGAACCCGACCCGUUAAACUUCAGGUUCUUCUUCUGACGCCGGUGCUGAUUUUUUUAACGUUUACUGGGAUUCUGCAGAUUAAAAAUAUUCUGAAUGGUUCUUCUUCUCUGGUUUGUUUCUGCUCCGGUCCGUUUGGGUUUAGAGUAAGAUUUGGUUCUGGAUGUUUGAACCCGUCCUGAUCAGAACCGGUCCAACAUCUGCAAGUAUUUGACCAACACACAUUUAGCUCCAAACCUCAAAGUUUUCUAAGGUUCAUCAUUCAUCCAGUUUCCUUCGGUUGGUUGCCAAGGUAACGGUGUUGAAGCGGUUUAGAACUGGAGAAAGUUACGUUGAAAAUGGUCCGAUUUUAUUACAACCGUAAUAUUUUACGCUCCUAAAAUAUUUAUUGUGGGCUGAUGACUCGGUUUAACUUUGCUGAUUAAUUCUGUAGUUCCUCCAAAAAGGGAUGAUUUAAUAAAAACGUCUAAAUUUAGCUGUUAGUGGGGCUAUCUGCAGUUGGUCACUCAAACUUGUUUAAUUUCAUUCAGCCAGCUGCAACACUCAUCUGAAAGGGAUUGAAACCAGAGGAACUGAACAUUUCUGGGUUGGUUCUGGUUCUGACCCGGUUGACCCACAGACUCUCCAGCAGGCGGCGUUAGAGAAAUCUUUCCUUGUUUUUAUUUAUCACACAUUUAGAAAAUGAACCACACUAUACAAAUGUCCACCGUUCAGUAAUGGAUCCGGCCUCCUGCCUGCGGCCGGCGCCGGUCCGAUCCUCGCUCAGCGGCCCGGCUCGCCGUGCGGUCGCCGUGGUAGCAUGCAGAACCUUUGGGUGUGGCGGCGCUCCUCAGACUAAUUCAUGAACGUUUGCACUAUGCAGAGAAGGGUUUCAUUCCUCUUACAGUCUGUUAUUUACAACAUGAGGGCGAGUCGAUGGGACGGGCGAGCGAGUACACGGGGUUUCCCAGCCUCGACAGCAGGGGCAUUUCUUCCUUCAUCGCAGCACAAACCCUCCUCUUCCUGUUUAUCGGUGCGGUCACAUGGUUGGGCGGCUCCGCCCCUCAGAUCCACACGUUAUUUACUCAGACAUCAAAUUUAAAAAAAAAAAAAGG